UGUGCGUUCACCUGAACGUUUCUUACUAUAACCCUAUAAAAAAAAUAUAUAUAUACUAUAUAUAUAUGUACUAUAAAAGCAGCUGGUUUUUUUUAAGGUUCUGUCAGGCUCCCAAACUUAACUUGGUGGACUGUAUUUACUUCAAAAGUGCACGUUUAUAUGCACACUACCCUGAUGGCUUGUUUUGCUCUCUGUUUUUUUGCCUGUUCUGUGGGAAAAUGAAGUGCCUUUUUUCUUUUAAACAAAUUCCUUUGUACAGAGCAAUGGAUGAUGAGGGGAGAAGCUGUGUUUCUGCAGAAGUAUCUGAUAUGUUGGAAUUGGUCUCUUUUCUGAAUGUAGAGGGUAAACCUUCACCCAUGGAGUCAACAGUAUUGCCUAAUGCAGAGGAGCAGCAGGAGUAUCAACCUUUGAAGGUCUUCUUGAGAGUGAGGCCCUUUUCUAUAACAGAGCUUGAAAACCAUGAAUCUCAGGGUUGUGUAGCUAUUGAAGAUGCCCAGACAGUAAUUCUUAAUGCGCCCCAAGAGUCUUCUGCAACAAAAAACAGUGAAAAAGGGAUUGGUCAUCCUGUACACAGGUUCACCUUUUCUCAGGUCUUUGGACCAGAAACUACUCAGAGUGAAUUUUUUGAAGGCUCAAUGAAAGAGAUGGUAAGAGCGUACGUUAAUGGUGUGAGUGGACUGGUGUUUACUUAUGGGGUGACAAAUGCAGGCAAGACAUUCACUAUCCAAGGGACUUCAAAAGAUUCUGGUAUUUUACCUCGCUCACUUGAUGUGAUUUUUAACCACAUAAGGGGGAGACAUUACCUGAAGAUGGACUUCAAACCAUAUUUAAGUAAUGAUGUUAAGAAACUAGAAGAUGCACAAGUUAAGCAAGAAGAAGCCAUAAAAAACGCUAUUCUUGCGUCACUGAAAGAGAUUUAGAUAAGCCUACAGUAUGAAUACUUGGUGAACCUUGGCAUAAUAAGGCAACUGGCUGUCUUUGGAGCUCAGGGUAAACUAGAAGAACUUUCUGCUGCUGGGAGUAGCAGAGAGACAGAAAACCUCUCAAGUAAUAUAACAAAUAUGUGUGAUGUGGAGUCGGAUUCUUCCAACUGUACUUCGGAAAAUCUUCCUUCUGAUUCACUAGAGAAGAACUUUGUUCCACUUGAGAUAUAUAGGACUAAUAUACACCAAAGAACACAAGCAUCUGUGUGGAUUUCCUUUUGUGAAAUUUACAAUGAAUAUGUGUAUGACCUAUUAAAUGUAUUAUCUACAUCAAAAACUCCGAAGCGCAGAGUCUUAAGAAUUUGUGAGGAUCAAGGAGGAAAUUCUUACAUUAAAGACUUGAAGUGGAUUAACGUUCAGAGCACUGAAGAAGCCCGCAAAAUACUAAAAAUAGGAAACAAGAACCGAAGCUUUGCUUGUACUAGAAUGAACGAGCAAUCAAGUAGGAGUCACAGUAUAUUUUCAAUCAGGCUACUAAAGCUAACUGCUGAUGAGCACCAGCCGCGUGUUCUUGGAGUUUCAGAGUUGUCUUUCUGUGACUUGGCUGGAUCAGAGAGGUGCAAUAAAACACAAGCCUUUGGAGACAGACUAAAAGAAGCAGGAAAUAUUAAUAAUUCUCUUCAUAUCCUUGGAAAAUGCAUUGCAGCAUUGAAGCAAAAUCAAAAUCCAAAGACGAAGCCAAGCUAUAUUCCAUUCAGAGAGAGCAAAUUGACUCGUCUGUUUCAGCCAUUCUUUUGUGGAAAAGGCAAAGCUUGUAUGAUUGUAAACAUUAAUCAGCAUGCUUCCACAUAUGGUGAAACACUACAUGUAAUGAAAUUUUCAGCUUUAGCCAAACAGGUAAUCCAGACAGUCCUACCCAAAAAUGUUGGUUAUUUUCCACCCAAGCUAGUUGGAGGCAAUGGCAAACCUAUCAUCCACUUUGAUGCUAGCACAUCUAUAGAUGACUUUCCUGGCAGCACUGAAACCUCUGCAGCAGAAGAGGAAGUGGACAUCACCAUUCUGAGUCAUGAGGAUCUCUUGAAAACUACAGAGAAUCUGAAGGAGAAGCUAGUUGCAGAAAGGCAAAGUAAAAUCCUUCUGGAGGUGAAGAUACGUAGAGAAAUGGCAGAAGCAAUGUUUCGACAGCUGUUGGAGACAGAGGAAGCCUGGAGCAACCGCUUGGAAGAUAUGAAAGACAGUUAUGAAGAAAAACUGGAGAGCAAAUUUGAAAUGUAUAAAGAGGCCAUUAAGAAACAUGCAUAUGUGUGCGCAAUGGAACAAAUUGAAGACCACUAUGUUUCCAUAGAAGAAUUUCUAGCUGAACAAGAGAAAGUUGAGGAUAGAGAGAGAAGAAUACUGCAAUUGGAGAGGCAACUUGAUGAACAGUCAGGGAGGCUGUUGGCUCUGGGAAGUCUGAAUUCAGAUAAUGUACUGACUACUGAAAGUAACAUGGAACUAGAUCUUAUGAACAAGAUGAAGAGAGCCAAUGAAGGACUGCAGAAACAAUGCAAAGAGAAAGAAGAGCUUAUAAAAUCUCUGAAGUUUAAAAUACAGAAAUUAAAUGAAAUGCUGCUAGAAGCUACUGAAGGCUACAGAAAAAUGGCAGAAGAGAACAGUGAACUGAAGCAUACAGUCAUGCUCAAGGAUCAGGAAGUGAAUAGUCUUCAGAACUGGGCUAAACGUGUUCUUGAGCUUGAAGAAACAGUGUCUUCCCUGCAAAAAGAACUUGAUGAACAGAAAAAACAUUUCUCUAUAGAGGAGUCAAAACAAACCAGAAGUUUGUUGGCUAACCUGAAAUCCACAGCAGCAGCCACUGCUAGUACACCUCUUGGAAAAGGCUGGGGGAAGUAUGAAGAUGCUUCACCCUUUUCAAGAAAACAAUUACUAUUGGUUCAUAAAGCAAAAGAAUAAUAUUUGUUUAAAGUAUGCAAUUACUGGGCUGCUUAAUCAAACUGUUGGUAGCUUUUUCUCACUCUUAAAUGCCAUCUUCACUGUCAUGUUAACUGAGAGCAAAAUGUUUAAUACAGAACUUCUUAAAUUGAAUCAGGGUUGAAUAUAGAGCCAUGUUAAGUUUAAGUCUAAACUGGUGCUUUUACUGUUAUAGUGUUGUGAUUUGAGAAAUAAUAUUUUUAAUUCUUGAGUAAAUGUAUGGUCUUCUAUAUUGAUGUGUGAUUCAUGCAGUGAGAUGUUCCUCCUGCUGCUUGUUACCUUUUUAAAUUGAGUAUUUAAUUUCAUUGUUGAUUCCUAGAAAUCAGAUGGCUUGUAAACUUAAUAUCAAGUAGAUGAAAUAGCUUGGUUCUUCAGUUAAUAUUUGGGCUUUGACCUGGAGACUGCCAUCCUGGGAUGAAAGAGCAAAUUUCUGGAAGAGGCAACAAAAUGAGGUCUUAGCUGAAAAAUAGCAUGCCAGAUAAUGGUUUUAUAAAGGAACUUGUUUUAAUAUCAAUUGGAUUUCCACUAAGAAUAAUGCAUUAGACUUUGAAAAAUCUAUUUAUAAUAAAAUUUUUCUACUGCUAAACUAAGCUCUGACUGUUCAUUUUAUAAAACCAGUGAGAAACUGUGAAAUCAAGAUAAGGAAAGAUCAUAAAUUUGGAGGCCAAAUGAUCAUAGUGACUGGCAUAUGAUGAUUUUAAGUUGAAAGGAUCAUAACCCUCAUUACAUUUAUCUAGUAACUCAAGGAAGGAAGAUGAGAGCAUGAUAAAAUUUGAAAUCGCUUUCUUGGAGCAAUUUCAGUGUGUGUUUUUUUCUGACUACUGUGAAGUACCGCGCCUAUAACUGCUGGAGAAUUGCUUUAGAACAAGGCAGAAUCUGUAAGUAAAUAGUUUUGAUCGGUCCCUGUAACACUAUUUCUCACGGCCGAAGGGGACCCAGUUCAGAGCAAGAACCUCACCCUCCCUGUGGAGACACUAGGUGGUGCAGCCUUCCUGUGUGACACAGAACAGCCCUUCUCUGGUGUGACUCUUGUCAGGUCUCCAGUUUUGGGUCUGUCUGUGGAAAUGCAGUGGUAAGUAAUCUCUCUAAUAUGUCUUUAAUCGGGCUGGAGAUGUAGCACUUGAGCCGUGCUGGUUCUCAUAUUUUGAACUGUUUCUGUUAAAUAUAGCUUAUCCGGCUCUAGUAGUUCUUAAAGGCCUAUAAUCUCUCCCAGGUAGAAUUUCUAAAAUAUUAUUCUACUCCUACACAAACUAUUCUAGCUAUUAAAAAUAUUUUGGUGGAGUGAUACAAUACACCCAGUGUUGAUCCCUUGAAUAAGAAAGCUGUAAAUGUACAAAUUGAUCUAACAGCAGCAAUAUUCAAACAGAAGUUAAAAAAAUAAAAUCAUCAGAACAGGCUAAUGCUGGAAACUUUCUAUAAUACCAUUUCAACUGAUUUAGUGCUAUACCAUGGCUUGUCUGUCACUUGUCUGAGAGUUUUAUGUUGGCAAGUUUGUUACGCUAACUAUAACCUCUAAUUCCCUGAGCAACUGCUGUUUCCACAUUCCCUCCUACUUCCCAGAGCACUUUGGCUGGCUACAGGAAAUGGUUUGAAAGACAAGGUUACAUUACCUUAAGCUAUCAAUUUUUUUUAAAAUAAAAUGAAGCCUGUAGCGAAGUACUGACCAGUUUUUAACUGUAAUACUUUCCAAAGAGUUUCAAGGGACUGUAUUGCUAUUACAUUAAAGACUUUUGAGAAGCUGUUUUUAAGGACAGCUGAGGGCUGACUGCUUCUCUUCCUGCCCUCCAGACCAAAAAGCAACACUCAAAAGGAUUCAGAAAUGGCUGGUUUUGUCCUUUUCAGCUUCUCAAAGCUGAAUGGGUAUAAGGAAAGCAGAAUCCAUUAAUCUUGUUAGUGGUGAUGAACAGAUGUUUCCCUGUUCCACACGAAGCUACCACUCUAGAUAGAACAUCAGCCAUCUGUUUUAUCUCAAAUUACUACCAUACAACUUGCUUCAGAUUAAGUGUUUAUUAAAAUUAAAAAUCACCAUACAAUAGAAACUAUUUACAUAUUUAACUGAUAGUCUGCCUAAACUGCACAGUUUGACUGAAGGAAGCCAAUGGAAGAGAAAAGCAAUGAAUAUUUAUGCUGCUGAA